AUGGCAGCGACUCAGACAGACAUAUUCAGGCUGGUUCUUGUUGGGAAGACUGGAGCAGGAAAGAGCUCCAGUGGGAACACCGUACUGGGAAGAGAUGCCUUCAGUGCUGCAGUCAGUCAGUCCUCAGUGACCAGACAGUGCUGUAAGCAGAGCGGUGAGGUGUUUGACAGGCAGCUGACCAUCGUAGACACUCCUGGUCUCUUCGACACCUCGUUACCUGAGCACCUCGUUAAGAGAGAGAUCUCUAAAUGCAUCAACAUGUCGGCCCCGGGGCCCCACGCCAUCCUGCUGGUCAUCAAGGUGGGGCCCUUUACCAAUGAGGAGCGAGACGCAGUGAGGCAGGUGGAGCAGAUCUUUGGGGAGGAUGCCUGGAAGUACACCAUCAUCCUCUUCACCAAGGAUGACAGAACCGGACCAGAUGUGGAGAAACAGCUGGAGGAGGCGGGAGGAGAGCUGCAGUCCAUCCUGAGGAAGGUGGAGAACAGAUAUCACGUCCUCAACAAUGACAAAGCAAAUGAUCGAAGUCAAGUCCUGGAUCUGCUGGAGAAGGUGGAGAAGAUGGUUGAAGACAACAGAGAAGAGUUUUACUCCAACCUCACCUACCUGCAGGUGGUGGAGAUGUUGGAUAAGAGGGAGGCAGAGCUCAGAGACUUCUAUGAGAAGGAAAUGCAGGUUAAAAUAAAAGCUGUGGAGUCAAAGUACCAGAAGAUGCUGACAGAGGCUCAGCAGGAAGGUCCAGAUGUGAAAAGGCGACGUCAGGCUGAGCUGAAGGAGGUGGAGCGGUUCUACGUUGGUCUAAAGAGAGACGUCCGUCAUGUUGUGGAGCAGACGGUGGAAACAGACACCAAAGAAGACAUUCAGAAGUUUCACAUGACCUUCAAACUGAAAGUUACCACAUAA